GUGACCACUGCUUACAACGACCUUCCACGCUGUCUGAGUGUCAGUCUGCCUGUACGUUCAGCCACAGCCAGCUCCUUUAUUCUGGUGCGGUCCUCUACCCCUUGAAAACCAUGGCUUUCUUCACUCACCAAGUCAUCAGAGGUCUCUCCUCUUCUGCAGUCCGAAAUGCAGCGAUCAAACACGUUACGAUCAUCGGGGGUGGUCAGAUGGGUGCAGGUAUCGCACAGGUAGCUAACUGUUAAUGACAGAAGUUUGUUUGCUAACAUUAGCUUGCAAGCUAGCUAGCUAGCUAGUUAGCUUGUAAGCUAACCAGCUAUGUAGCUAACGUUGCAAGCCAGUUAAAUAUAGCAAUGAAGUGCACGAACUUGCCGACUACUUGCUGGUUAGUUAACCGCUAGCUUGAUAUUAGCUAGCUGGAUACCCACUUGAGAAGCCAACCAAGGCAAUUCCCCUGAUGCAGGGGAUGAGUUACACAACUUUGUAUUAUAAACAAAUGGCAAUGGUUGUUCAUCUCUGGGUAAGAAGUACAGUAUGUCUCACAAGCUGUCUCCGGUUGAUCAGUGCAAAACAGAUUGUGAAGAUAGCUGCAUGAGGUGGACUUUGGCCUAUAUCUACUGUAACUAGUUAGUUAUAUAAGGGAUUUUGGUGCCUAUCUGAAAUUUCCUCUGCAUUCAACAUCCUAAUAUCUAACUUUCGUGGCCCUUCAAUUCAGGAGUUGUAUCACCAAAGUGACUUUUUGACAAUCAAACCUGGAACACCAGUCCCACCCACUCGUGACUGACUCACACUUGUGUCCCCCCUUUCUAAUAGGUUGCUGCUACAACGGGCCAUUCGGUGGUACUAGUUGACACAAAUGAGGAAAUCCUGAAUAAAUCCGCCAAGGGAAUAGAGGGCAGCCUGAAGAGGGUGGUCAAGAAGAAGUUUGCUGACAAGCCAGAAGUUGGUCACUAAUAUGUUAAUGUUGCUGUUUCCAAUGAGGAAAUGUUGGAAGAACCACAUUUUAAUAACACCAUUGAUUCAAACAGGGGUUUGACCGUCAUCAUGUACGUUUCAGGCAGGAGCAGAGUUUAUCGCGAAGGUGAUGGCCAACGUGUCGAUAUCGACAGACGCGGUGUCUGUGGUGGGGAGUACAGACUUGGUGCUGGAGGCCAUCGUGGAGAACCUCAAGAUCAAACAGGGCCUCUUUGGUGCUCUGGACAAAGUGGCACCAGCGUAAGUAUGACCGACUAGGGCUUGAACCUGUGUCUCCUACACGCCACAAGACUGUCUUAUCCCACUGAGCUAAAUCCUAGGCAUUAGCUUGUGGGUCCAACCCACGUCUUUGGUCUCAAGGUUACUCACCAAGCGAGCGUGAAUCCAAACCAUCCCUGCUAGACUACAUAAGCACUGUUCUGUCUCCACUGCCUGCGACUUGAAAUCUCCAUUAUUUUUUGUUUAUGUAAAUUCUGGGUUGCCAUUUUGAAUAUUUAGCCUAAAUAUCAAAAUUCCUUUAUCUGCAUUUGAGCUUUUUUUCUAUACUUACUAUAAAGCUAUGCUGGUAUCCUUGAAAUGUGCUUAAAAUACACUAUUUUAAGACUAUUCUAAUUAAAAUAAAAUAUUUCAAAGGGAAAGGCGUUGUGUAGCCCACUAAUUGAUGUUACUAAUUGGGGUGUACCUCAUGGGAGUUGCUUGCUGCUUAUUGCCUGAUGUGUUUGGUUCCUCUAAGACACACCAUUUUCGCCAGCAACACGUCCUCUCUGCCCAUCACCGACAUAGCCAGCUCCACCAGCAGGCUGGAUAGAUUUGGAGGGCUGCACUUCUUCAACCCCGUCCCCAUGAUGAAGCUGGUAGAGGUAAGGAUCAACAGUACGGUGUACAUUUUAGGACAUCCCUCCCUAUCAUAAGUCUCUAUAUAGUCUCCCUCUAUGUCAUGAUGGAGAUGUUUAAAUUAGAAACAUAUGUAUCAGCAAGAUUCAAUUGAAAGCUGUUGAGUUGUUUACAUGUCCUCUUCAGGUGAUUGGAACAUCAGCCACAAGCCAGGAGACCUUCGAUUCCCUCCUCGCCUUCAGCAAAGCACUGGGAAAGACACCAGUGUCCUGCAAAGUAAGAUCCUCGCUUCUUUUAAUACAUAUAAAGUAUUUCGCUAGUAUGGUACAACCUUAAAGAUAAUACAGUCACAUACCAUAUUGCACCAUACAUUAUGUUCAUCAUCUGCAGUUAUAAACGGUUCACUAACAUCACUACGUUCUGUUCAUCUUCAGGACACUCCUGGGUUCAUUGUGAACCGCCUGCUGGUGCCCUACAUGAUGGAAGCCAUCAGGUUACAUGAGAGAGGUACACCACCCCUGCAUGACUGAAAGAUAUAUUCAAACUGAUUGCCUGUAUAUGAAUCAAAAUAGCAUCAGAGCCAAGAGGGAUGUGACAAAUGGUUGUGUAUGAACAUCUAUGGUUAAAAAAAACAUAGUGCUCUGUAUAUGAAACCAUUAUGUCACCCUUCAUUCAAAAUCAAUGGCUGAGUUUGUGUGCUCUUCUCGUCAGGCCACGGGUCAAAGGAGGACAUUGAUAUUGCCAUGAAGCUGGGCGCUGGGUAUCCCAUGGGGCCCUUUGAGCUGCUGGACUACGUAGGACUGGACACAGCUAAAUUCAUAAUUGACGGUGAGUGUUGGGCUGCUUCACAAGUGUGUUCCUAUUACAGACUACAAUCCCAGUUAAGAGGACUAUAUUAGCAGCUAGGGAUAGGGCCAAUAGAAAGAACUGCAGUUCAUAUGGCACAGAGGAGGAGCACUGUUUUGGUUAUAGAAUGUUGAGAUGGACGAGAGUUGCCGGUGGUCUUUGAAAAUUGUGAUAAAUAUUUGAACAAACAAAAUGAAGCAGAUGCAGGAAGUGUGAAACCUGCAAAAAUUCAAAUGAAAUGUUUUUGUGAUGAUUACUUGAUUCCAGGCUGGGUUGAGAAGGAUCCCGACAACCCUCUGAUGCAGCCCAGUGAGAUGCUGAACAAGCUGGUGGCUGAUGGCAAGUUCGGCAAGAAGACCGGAGAGGGCUUCUACAAGUACAAGUAACCCCGCCCCAGCAUCAACACUAGCUGGAGCCUGUUCAUUAAGGCACACCGUGACAAAAUGUUUUGCAACGGGAAAUGAAAUGAGCACUUCCUAUUGGACAAGAUCAUGUAGUCCCUCCCAUUACUGAUAAGGGCAUGAGUGAUAGAGAAAACGCUGGUUCAUCUUGACAACGCUAGAACAGAAAUGCAGCUGGUACAAACCUCAGUGCCUUCCUGAAGAAUGGUAGACUGGUAUUAUGAAUUCAAAUCCACUGUCUUUGACUGUAUAUUCUGAAUGUCAUCUUUACAUGUGGUGGUUUGUAAGUAGUUUGUGGCAUUAAACAGACUUUUCCAAAUGCUUCCCAUAGAUUGUUCUAUUCAUACGGUUUCCCAGGGAAGGAUGAACUCCAAGGCAACCUUCAACUAUGUAACAUACUGGUGUAUAAACACUGGUCAAAAAAAUAAAGGGAACACUUAAACAACACAAUGUAACUCCAAGUCAAUCACACUUCUGUGAAAUCAAACUGUCCACUUAGGAAGCAACACUGAUUGACAAAUUUCACAUGCUGUUGUGCAAAUGGAAUAGACAACAGGUGGAAAUUAUAGGCAAUUAGCAAGACACCCCCCAAUAAAGGACUGGUUUUGCAGGUGGUGACCACAGACCACUUCUCAGUUCCUAUGCUUCCUGGCUGAUGUUUUGGUCACUUUUGAAUGCUGGCGGUGCUUUCACUCUAGUGGUAGCAUGAGUCGGAGUCUACAACCCACACAAGUGGCUCAGGUAGUGCAGCUCAUCCAGGAUGGCACAUCAAUGCGAGCUGUGGCAAGAAGGUUUGCUGUGUCUGUCAGCGUAGUGUCCAGAGCAUGGAGGCGCUACCAGGAGACAGGCCAGUACAUCAGGAGACGUGGAGGAGGCCGUAGGAGGGCAACAACCCAGCAGCAGGACUGCUACCUCCGCCUUUGUGCAAGGAGGAGCAGGAGGAGCACUGCCAGAGCCCUGCAAAAUGACCUCCAGCAGGCCACAAAUGUGCAUGUGUCUGCUCAAACGGUCAGAAACAGACUCCAUGAGGGUGGUAUGAGGGCCCGACAUCCACAGGUGGGGGUUGUGCUUACAGCCCAACACCGUGCAGGAUGUUUGGCAUUUGCCAGAGAACACCAAGAUUGGCAAAUUCGCCACUGGCGCCCUGUGCUCUUCACAGAUGAAAGCAGGUUCACACUGAGCACGUGACAGAGUCUGGAGACACCGUGGAGAACGUUCUGCUGCCUGCAACAUCCUCCAGCAUGACCGGUUUGGCGGUGGGUCAGUCAUGGUGUGGGGUGGCAUUUCUUUGGGGGGCCGCACAGCCCUCCAUGUGCUCGCCAGAGGUAGCCUGACUGCCAUUAGGUACCGAGAUGAGAUCCUCAGACCCCUUGUGAGACCAUAUGCUGGUGAGGUUGGCCCUGGGUUCCUCCUAAUGCAAGACAAUGCUAGACCUCAUGUGGCUGGAGUGUGUCAGCAGUUCCUGCAAGAGGAAGGCAUUGAUGCUAUGGACUGGCCCGCCCGUUCCCCAGACCUGAAUCCAAUUGAGCACAUCUGGGACAUCAUGUCUCGCUCCAUCCACCAACGCCACGUUGCACCACAGACUGUCCAGGAGUUGGCGGAUGCUUUAGUCCAGGUCUGGGAGGAGAUCCCUCAGGAGACCAUCCGCCACCUCAUCAGGAGCAUGCCCAGGCGUUGUAGGUAGGUCAUACAGGCACGUGGAGGCCACACACACUACUGAGCCUCAUUUUGACUUGUUUUAAGGACAUUACAUCAAAGUUGGAUCAGCCUGUAGUGUGGUUUUCCACUUUAAUUUUGAGGGUGACUCCAAAUCCAGACCUCCAUGGGUUGAUACAUUUGAUUUCCAUUGAUAAUUUUUGUGUGAUUUUGUUGUCAGCACAUUCAACUAUGUAAAGAAAAAAAUAUUUAAUAAGAUUAUUUCAUUCAUUCAGAUCUAGGAUGUGUUAUUUUAGUGUUCCCUUUAUUUUUUUGAGCAGUGUAUUUGCCUCUGGACCUUUCAGCCAACACACACUGCCAUUAAUGUUAAUGAUACCCAGUGAUGCAUACGGGCAGUUUUAACCCCUGCCUGUUCAACCCCACUGUUAAUUUCCAAUAUUGUUUCAAGAGUUCCUUUGAUGUUAUCCCUACUAUUCAAUUAGAAAAAAAUUAAACAUUACCCUCUUUAUAUCCCGACAUUAAAUUGAUCAUCUUGGAGGAUGAGACAUCACGUCUCACCUUUUUCCAUGGAUUUAUUUUACAAGCAGCUUCAAUACUCAAGAUGUGGAUUUCCCCUUUCGUUAGCAUAGCCAUAAUACUGUAUGAACGUAGCCUCAGUCAGUAUGCUGCUGGAGUUUUAAUUGGUCGGUUUUAGAGCCUUUUGAAGUUUCCCCUCAAGAUUUGAAUGUGAGUUAUAGUCAAUAAUUCUGCUUGGUAGUUCUAUGUAAGACCACUAAGUGGCAGUGUUGACAAAUGCUGAAUUUCUGGAUAUGAACCAUAUGAUAGGCCUACUAAUGAUCACACACUACAAGAUUAUUGGGCUGGUUUCCUGGACAGAGAUUUAGCCCUAGACUAAAAACAAUGCUCAAUGAAGAAUCCCCAUUCAAAUAAGUGUUUAGCCCAAGACUAGGCUUAAUCUCUGUCCAGGAAACCAGCUCUGUCAGUAAGGUAUACCUUCUAUCACAUAACUCCGGUCGGGAGAUCAAAUGAGCCAAUGCCUUUUUAUUUUUCUUUAAAAAAACAAAACAUGUUGAAACUGUUAAUGUGACCACUUGGGAAGCAAAGUGCUUAUACCAAGAUGACAGUGAUUCAAAAUACGACAAUGAAUAAAAAAUGAAUCAAGUAAUACUAAAAAUAGAGCAUAAAAUCAAUCAAAUGUUACAGAAAUGCUUGCAUGGAAUAAACAACAUGGGCAAAAAGACCACACUAUUAGCUACCAGAUAGAGAAGAGACAAAAGUCCAUCGUAAUCAGGCUUGGGGUCAAUUCAGGAAGUACACUGAAAUUCUCCAACUUCUCUUCAAUGCUUUCCAAUGAGGAAAAUGUCAAAUUGCAAUUGGAAUUUGGUUUACUUUCUGAAUUGACCCCAACCCUGAUAGCAAUAAAAGAAAAACACUGCCAAGUGCUGGGGUAAAUAUAUAUCUGCUUCAUAUGUCAGUUUAGAACAAUAAAAUAUAGGCCUCUGAGCAACCACUUGCCUUUGUCCUAACGUUGCCUGCAAAAAUACCAAGAAAAGUGACAUAUCCUGACAGUUUCUUUAAAAAGUACACAUACUGAGCUUUAUUUUACAUCUGAGCAAGACUCGAGUCAAGGUCACUAUUUGUUACAAAUAGUAUCAAAAGAAGCCUUAAUUUUCAUUUUUCUGCAAGACUCUAACAAGAAAAAAAAUGGCUUUCCUGUGUUCAAAGCUUAUUUUCAUAUAUACCAGUAUAUAUAUAUAUAAAAAAAUAAAAAUAAAAUAAACAAUCACUGAAAAUAUACACCAAGAAAUUUAAACCAAGUUCAAAAUACAAAAAAGCAUUCCAUUAAUUCCAACUCAAAAGUAAAAGCUAUAAUCAUAAAACGUUGAUCUUUUUUGCACCAACUGGUCGUUAAUAAAAACAAAAUGGAGGAUAGGAGCCUUGAGAGGAUGUUUCCUUGACAACCUGUGAUUGACAUCCCUCCAUCUUCCUUGUGAUAGUGCAGUCAGUCUAAAAGGUGGUGUGGGUCAGGCCGCAACCCAAACAUGUGGUCUGAAAUCCAGUGAGAGAGAGGAGAGGGGAGUGUUGAGGGUCGAACAUAGUGGGCUGUACAAAGGAAAGGAACGGAGGUGGCAAAUAACUUAGAAAUAACUUAGAAACUGGUGUUUUGUGUGUUGGGGUAUGUGUGGGGAGGUGUUAAGUGUGUUUGACAAUGUGAAAUCGCUGAACUGUUUUCAGUGCAGUGCCUUGGAUUGAGAUAAAGCUGCUUGUAAGAAAACAAAACCAAAAAACACGAUACAUUGGAUUCAUCUUUUUGUUCGAUGUGAGGAGUGAGGGACUGGGGAGUGAGGGGGCUGGGGUGUUUGAAUGCGGUUGGUUGAUGGUCUUUAGUAGUGAUUGUCUUGUUCAGUUCAGAGUCUCUACAUCAGAUAGGAGAGUCACUGCAGGAGAGGAGUGUAAAGUUAAGUUCGGGGGGGUGGUAUUCCUCUGAGAACGGGAGUUGAGGCUUGGGGGUUGGGGAUAAGGGGGAGGGUUCAUGGAAUCUAGCAGGCCUCCAUCUCUAGCAGGAGGCCCAUAGCUGCUGCCUUCGCUUUGCAUGACGUGGAGAAAGUGUUCAGUUUUCCUCCUGAAGGACAGAGAGAGAAACAUUGUCAGUUCAAUGGGCAAAAACAGAGGGCCUCAACGUGUCCAUAGUGACUGCUGUUAUACGUCAUUUGCGAGUGCUGACUGUCUUUUUCAUACAAGUCAGAAACAGAGAGAUGCAAUGAACUCAUAAACCCGUUCAAAAAUCCCUCACUAACUAAAAAGGAGCUCAAACAUGAAACCACAACACAUUGCUGUCAACGUCAUCUGAAAUCAGACAGUCUCACACAUCCCACAUACAGUGACUGAGUGCUGCGUCCUCUGAUGUAUGUAACCUCACAAUGCUAGCUCUGCCUCCUGUACAAACACUGGAGGAGUGAAGGAGCCCUACAGUUCUGCCGUCUUCAGAGAGCAGUAAUGGCGUUGCCGACUGAACAGUAGGUCAAAAGGUUAGUGACAGGAUGUGGGUUGGCUUUAGCUUUGAUCUCUCUCUGACAUCAGGUCACUGUGACCCAGCUGGCUCAAUCUGCUCUGCCCCCCUCUCUGACUCACACCCUGAUAUCGUCUACCUACUGCUACCCCUCUCUCUCUGAACGCAACCAGCCAUCUAGUUAGGCUAUAGCUUUUUGUUGACAUUUAUGCUGCCACCGCUGUGUGUGGGCAGUGGAGAGGUAGAGAGAGUCUUCUCAGCCUGCUCGAGUCCACUUCACAGGGCCUUCUAAAAAGCCCCGCCGGCCACCAUCCACCCGUCCAUGCAAGGGAAAUUGUUUGUCAAACCACAAAAGCGGUUUUGCUCAAAAUACUGUUCUGUGGCGAACGUAGCUAACAGAGUUAGCUUCAGUUAUUGACGGACAGGCGGUGUUGGUUAUUUUUGAGCAUCAAAUGGAAUCAGUGAUCAAAGUCAGAGAGGGGGAAGAGAUUCAGAGGUAGCUAUCCGACCGGGUAGUGAGUGAAAGAUGUGAGGAGAGAAAGAUAGAAAAUGUAUUAGUGGAAGGACUGCUCCCUUGUGGUGAGGUCAGAGAAGUGUGUUUGUGGGUAGAGAAGUCAGCUGAGCCCUGCAACUCCACCCUGGUACCACACACACUCACGCUCUUCCCCCCCCCCAGAUUGCUUUACCACACGUGGAUGAAAGGGACGGAGGACGCCUUUUCCAGGGACGGCUGACCCUGAGCCUCCCGCACCAAGGAGAGGAGGGCCGCAGAGAGAGAGACAGAGCCUCUGUCGCUGUUCAUUUACCUCCACUGCCCCCUUUUUAUCCCAGGAUCUGAGAGCCCAGCCCUCAGCCCUCAGCCCCAGCACCCUCUUCUCUUCCUGGGGAGCUUUUUCCUUCCCUCCCGGCCACAAGAUGAAAAGCCCUGGCCUGGUCUUUCCGGUCUUGGGAAAAAGCCUGAGGGGCUUGGGGGGGGGGGGGUGGGUGGUGGUGGGUCAGGAGGGGGCAUCAGGCCAGGUCUUCAUAGCAGACCCACCCGACACCAACACACAAACGCGGGAUUCAGGAGCAACUUGACCCCUUCCCUGCCCCCUCCCCCUCUACCCACAUCCUCUCCCCCCAGUUAGCACUCAGGAAUGCCGGCUGGACUUCUUUGCAGGAAAUGAAACGCUCCUCUGUUCCAGUGGAGGCCGGGUCCUGGCUCUGGCUCUCUCUCUCCUUGGCCCAGGGAGGGGAUGGGAGGUGGGGGGAGCGACUGAGACCAACGGCGCCCAGGCUCUGGGUCUUUGAAGCGUGGGAGGUUAAGAUAACUGGCACGGCCCCGCGUCUCACAAUCGCCGCCUCCAACUUCCCGGGGCAAAUCAAAGAGCCCGCAGCUGGGCCCGUCCCGCCUGCCUUACACUACUUCUUCCUCCUUCCCCUCCUCCUGUCCUCCCUCCUUCCCUGCACUGCAGCGGAACUCUGGGGUUUAUUUUGGUGCCAUUAA